AGUGCUUAAAAAAUAUAAAUUGCAUAUUGCAUAUAAAGUAAACAAUACUCGAAUCGAGAAAACGUGCAAUAAAACGUGGAAAGAGUUUUUCGCUUAUUACAGCAAUGAAAGGCAGUUAAUGGUUCGCUACUUGGAUUUUCGUUGCCGACGUCGGUUCUCCUCAUAUACAGAUAUAGUAAACGGCGCAAUCGCCAGAACGCGACUAUACUUCCCACUGUGCAGCAGACAUAAAUUAAUGUUUCGGCCUGUGACCUGUGUUUAAAAGUUUGCACGAGAUUCAAUCGAUCAACUCAACUAACAUGGAGGAAAUAUCCAGUUUAGAUUCCUUUGGCGCCGAUUCAAGUGCCAGGCCAGAAUCAGAAACAUCGAAAAUGGAUGAGGAGAAUUCAAGGGAGAAGGUGGCAACAACGCCAGCACUGCAGGAUACGCCAGCAUCGCCAACAGCCGAAGAGGAUGCGCCAGCUGAAAAUGUCAGCACCGAGGCCGCCUCGGCCGAGAAAACGGUUGGAACUCCAACUGCAACUGCUACAGAGGGCGAUGAUGAGGAUUUUGAGCAGAUAUCAGAGGGUUCGUUGGAAAUGGACGAGGAAGCUCAAUCACAGGAGGAAAAAACCGUUGCGGCAACAAAUAAUGAGGAACAGGAGCAGGCACUGCCAAAAGACAGUGACAACCAACAAGAUGCAGAUGAUGCUCCGGCCAACACAAGCACGGGUGGAGUGCCCGACGUGGAUGAAGAACCGGAUGCAGGUGAAGAGGAGCAGGAACAUUGCAAUAUCAAUACCAGUGCCGAUGAUGUCGAUGCACUGCAUCAGCGAGAUGCAUUCGAAAAUUUAAAGUGUGCCGAUGAGGAUGCCGCCGCUGAAGGCAGCGAUGCCGUCGAUGGUGCUCCCACCUCCAUGGAAGCAAUGGAUGUAGACGAUGGUGAGGUUGAAUCCGAAACGGCGCUUGAUAAAAAUACGGUAGAUGACCCCGAUCUCUCCGGCGAUGUUGAGGAUGUGGAGAUGCGCUCAGAAGGUGCCGAUUCGCCACAUGCUGCUACUGAUGCUGCUAUUGGUGAUGAUGAGGAAGAAGCUGGCGAUAAAACGGUUGAUGGCGGCAAUGCUGCUGAUUUUGACACACCAUUCGAGGGCAGAGACGAGGUGGACAGAACAGAUGAGCAGGAUCAGGAUCAGGAACACGAUACUGUUGCAUCCAAUGACCAAGCAGAUGAUGAGGCAGAUAAUGCCGAUGCUGAAGAAUCGGGCGAAGUUGAGCAACUAGAAGAUGAAGCUACUGAAGCAGAGCAACUGGAAGAAGAAGCUACUGAAGCAGAGCAGCUGGAAGAAGAAGCUACUGAAGCAGAGCAGCUGGAAGAAGCUGCUGAAGCCGAGCAUGGAGAUGACACCGUUGAGAACGUGCUGGAGCCGGAGGAGUCGGAUGUUUGCCUCAUACCCGACGACCAGGAAACGGAGGUCACCGAGGCCGAAAAGGAAUUGGCUCGCGAAAAUGCCGAAAAGGCUGCCGAAGAGGAAGAAGCCGCUGAACAAACGCAAUCGGCAUCCAAAUCCCCCGUCUCCGAGGCGGAUGCUGCAACAGAAACACAAAACGAUAAGGAUGAUGAUGUGGAUGACGACGGUGCACCAUCGGAGGAUGCUUCAGGAGUGGAAAAUGUGAAUACGACGCUUAACGACGAGGACACCCCGGAAGCGGAUGCGCCCGAGGCCGAUGAGCCCAGUCAUGAGGAAUCAUCGAGUGCAGCAGCUGGCGAAGCAGGUGCCGCAGCCAAGAUAAUCAUCAGCUGGAUUGUGGGCAUCACGGAAAAGUGCCAGCAAUGCGACAGUGAGAAAAGUUGCGGUUAUCGCUACAAAAACAACGAUACGGAUACGGAAAAUGCUGGUCAAAAUGCCGAGGAGGAGUCAGAAGCAGCAACAGCAGCAGCAGUGGGCAUCCAUAAGUAUCUGUGCGAUCAGACCUGCUGUGAUGCAUUUUUGGCUGCUCAUCCGGGCAAAUACUUUUUGGGGCGCAAGAAAUUCCUCGUCGAGGAGGUCAGCCAGGAUAUCGCAACACCAACAGCAGCUGAUGACGAGGCGGCGACAGCAACGCCCGCUGAUGGAGGAAGUGAAGGAGGCACAGAAGUGCCGGAAACUGCGGCGACGACAGUCAAGGAGGAGACUUGCCUGCAGUGCAAGGAGCUGAAGAAUUGCAAAUAUUUCAUCAGACAAGAACAGGAUACAUUCUAUAUAUGCAACGAUGAUUGCUUCAAUCUGUUGAAUGCCGAGGAGCCGGACAAAUACAAACUGAAGCGUCAUUCGAUAAGGGUGCGGAAUAUUGGAGCCACCACGAUACGCUCGCCGAGCAAGAAACCGGAAACGAAUGUGGUGGCCCGGACCAAUACCGAAGCGGAGGCAGCUCGUCUCGAUCGCUUGGAGAGCUUUAGACGCCGGUGCGCGGACUGUCGGCUGGAAAUGAAUGGGAAUGACAAGCAGCUCAUUUGGGAGACAAUGGACUUCUGCAACCAGGUAUGCCUGGGCAGCUAUCAGCGUUCGUUUGGCGGCAAUUGUGAGACCUGCAAACAGGAGGUCAGCUCCAUAGCACUGGGCAAAUACUGUGUGCGGUUUGGCUUCGAGGUGCGUCAGUUUUGUUGCGCCGCCUGCCUGAACACGUACAAGAAGGGCCUGAAGACGUGCUCUUGCUGCCAGAAGGAUAUCAGCAGCGGGCAGGAGGGCUUCCUUGCGCCCGUCGGUGACAAGGAUCAGUUCAAAGACUUUUGCUCGCAGGUCUGCCUGCGACGCUACGACAACAUGUGCAAUCCUAAGAAAAAGCUGCGCACCGACAUGUGCGGCGUUUGCAACAACGAGAAACCGGUGCGUGUCGAGAUGCUGCUCGAGGAGAAGGAACACUAUUUCUGUUCGAAUCCAUGCUUCUCGGCCUUCAAGUUUGUGAGCAAUGUGAAUGCCGAUCCAUGUGCGAUGUGUUGCAAGUACUUUGAACGAAAGACCACCGAUGCGUAUACGAUCUACAGCAAUGAUCAGGCGACGCCUAAGAUGUUCUGCUCGCGCAUCUGCAUCAAUGUGUACAUCAUUGUGAAUCGCCAUAUUGUCUCCUGCCAGUGGUGCAAGGUGAAGAAGUACAAUUUCGAUAUGAUCUAUAAGCCGCAUGGCAAUCAGGAGACACUCACCUGCUCCAUCAAUUGUCUGACCAUGCACGGUGUCAGUUGUAACAUAUCGGCACGUGCCGUCACCAAGUGUGACAAUUGCAGCAAUACCAGCACACCGCAAUAUCAUCUAACCAUGUCGGAUGCAUCGAUGCGCAAUUUUUGUACAUAUCAGUGUGUGAUGCAAUUCCAAAAUCAAUUCGCCCGCACCCCACUCACCCUAGACAGUGAUUUGCCAUCGACAUCCGCAAGCAAGGCGCAACAGCAGCAGCAGUCUAACGCACAGUCACGUGGAGUCAACAAAAAUGCAGCACCUUUCCCAACUGGAUUGCCCAAGCGCGUCAAAUUGAAGUUGUCUCAUCAGACGUCCACACUCAAAAAUAGCGCUGGUGGUGUUGGCAAGAAAUCUGCGGGAGGCACCGUUGUCCCUGUCAUUUCGACCGUACAAUCGCUGGCCAGUGGCGAGACAGAGGCGCGUAUUGGUAGCGUAACUGUACGACGCAAACGUGGUCGCAAACCGGAUUCACCGCCACCGCUGACGGUGAGCAUUGCGCCGUCCUCGGUGGCGCCCAGUGGCGAUGUGCGUGGCCGUGGACGACCACGCAAGCAUGUCGACUAUAGCGUGGCACGCUCCCCAUCACCGCCAAUGGGCACGCUGCAGGCGAGACGCACAUUGGGCACGACCGGUGAUUUUCCCGCGGCCAUAACGGAAACAAAGAUAAUCACUGUGCCGCCGUAUCCGAAGGCGGUGCGCAACGUGAACAUCAGCUGCAAACCGAUGAUGGUGACUGCUGUUGCACAGUGCACGCCGUCUGUGCGGGAUUGUGCGACGCAGACGGAGAAGGAUUACUCGAACAAGGUGUUGAUACCCGUACCUGUGCCGAUCUUUGUGCCACAGCCCAUGUACAUGUAUUCGGCGCCAUUUCCGGUGCCCGUGCCCAUUCCGCUGCCGAUACCGGUGCCGAUCUUUAUACCUACGACAAGAAACACCGCCUCUGGUAUACUAAAGGAGAUUAAGAAGAUACAGGAUAAAAUGCCCGAAGAUCCAUUGGAGGCCGAAUUGCUGAUGAUGGCCGAAAUGGUUGCGGAGGAGAAGCACGAGUCCGACUCCGAUUCCGACAAUGAAAUCAAACCCGAUCCGGGCCUGGUCAAUCUGCAGUACCAGAACAACCUGGACCAACAGCAACAACAACAACAGCAGCAACAGCAACAAGUGGUGGACGACAGCACCGCCAGCCAUAAUCCCUACGGCGAUGAUAUGCUACAAAUUGCACUCAAAAUGGCCACCGGCGACUAUGACAAUCACCAUCAGAGCUCAACUGUUGAUCUGGAGUCAUCAAUGACGGCCAAUACGAUAACAAGUCAGUCCCCUAUGGGUCACGAUAUGGGCCAAAUGGCUGUCCAUCAUCUGGAUCAGCAUCAUCACAUGAUGGAUGCGGCGCAACGUUCCCCGCGUGGUCGGAAGCGAGGCGGUGCCAAUAUUGGUGGAAGUGUGUUGGAUUCUCCAUCGCGCAACAGUCGAUCGCCUGUGAAGCGACAGCGUGGCAGCGAAAUGGAUCACUCGGCGCUGCAGCAACAGUCGCAGCAGGCCCAGCAGCCGCAGGAGAAGCCCGAUGCGCAAAUGUUCCUCAAGUAUACGUUCGGUGUGAACGCCUGGAAGCAGUGGGUGAUGACCAAGAAUGCGGACAUCGAGAAGAGUUCGCUGAGGCGGCGACCUUUCAAAACCGAACUGCUCCAAAUGACCGCCGACGAACUAAACUAUUCGCUCUGCCUGUUUGUAAAGGAGGUGCGCAAGCCCAAUGGCACAGAAUAUGCGCCAGAUACAAUAUAUUAUCUUGUACUGGGCAUUCAGCAAUAUCUGUAUGUGAAUGGACGUAUUGAUAACAUAUUCUAUGAUCCGUAUUACGAACGUUUUACGGAGUGCCUCGAUGAAGUGGCGCGCAAGUUUUCCGUUCUCUACAAUGAUUCGCAAUACAUUGUCACACGCGUGGAGGAGGAGCAUUUGUGGGAGUGUAAACAACUAGGCGCCCAUUCGCCUCAUGUGCUGCUCAGCACGCUCAUGUUCUUCAAUACCAAGCAUUUUAAUCUAACUACCGUUGAGGAGCAUAUGCAAUUAUCGUUCUCUCACAUUAUGAAGCAUUGGAAACGUUCAUCGCAGAAUUCCAAGGCACCCGGCACACGUAAUGUGCUCUUACGUUUCUAUCCACCGCAGGCAGGUCUGGAUGCCAAUCCGCGUAAGAAAAAGGUCUACGAGCAGCAAGAGAACGAGGAGAAUCCACUGCGCUGUCCCGUGCGCCUAUACGAAUUCUAUCUAUCCAAAUGUCCGGAGAGUGUUAAGACGCGAAACGAUGUUUUCUAUUUGCAACCGGAAAGAUCCUGUGUGCCCGAUUCACCCGUUUGGUAUUCAACGCAAGCGCUUAGCCAGGAUGCCCUGCAGCGAAUGCUGCAUCGCGUUAAGAUGGUCAAGGAAAUCAAUAUAGCGCUAUUAACAACUUAAUAUUUAGUUAGGCAUGCUAAUAAUACGCACACCUAUUUUUAAUAUGAUCGGGCUCACGUUAACAUCUAUAACAAAUUUUGGUGCUUAGCACAAAAUCGUUUUCGGGCAAAACCACCAAAACAAACAACAACAAUACCAGCUAAACUAAGAAGAUCAUGGCCUCUGAGCGACUCCCAACUGCUUAAAACCAUAUACAGUUGUGUUUUAGAAGUAAAUUUACAAGGCAUACUAUGUAUAUAUAUAUAUAUAUAUAUAUAUAUA